AGAGUCCCUCUCUCUCUGUCUCUCUCCAAAUCUAUAUGUGAGUAUGUGACGUACGCUAACUCUCAGAAGAGUCACAGAUGUCUUUGGUCUUUACACUAUUUUAACGAGAUUUUCUUUGCUUUUUCACCCCAGUUGUUCACGAUCCCUUUCGUCCUACAUUGGACUCGGCUCUCUGGGUUUCUCUGCUCAUACACAAUUCCUUUCUUUUUGUUUCUCAUGGAGUUGUUGCAAAUAUCUCCUCUUCUGACGUUUCCAAAUCUGUCGCUGAGCAAGCAAAGCCUUGUUAGCCCUAUUAGGCAAGUGGGUUUCUAUUCUUCGAGGCGUGGAUGGUGUCAAAAAGGGUCCUUGAGGCUUGUGAGGGUAGCUACAGGUGACAGUGAAAUUGGGUCCAGUGGUUCACAAGAUGGGUCGUCUGCUGUUGAAGAGGAGAGGGUGGAGAAGAAGGAGGAGGAGGAGGAGGUGGAGAACAGAGGACUACUAUUGGGCACUGAGAGGGAUGGGUCUGGCUCUAUCAUUGGUUUCCACUUGAUUUCUCAAAUUGGCGGGCUUGAAGCCACUAGAUCUCGUGAAGUUGUUGCUCCCGAUAGAGUAGAGGAGAUCAGGGACAUCGAAGAGGAAACAGUCGAAACCAGAGUGACCCACAAUAUUGUAUUUGUCACAGCUGAAGCAGCCCCGUAUUCGAAGACAGGUGGAUUAGGGGAUGUUUGUGGUUCUUUGCCUAUUGCGCUUGCUGCCCGAGGCCAUCGCGUGAUGGUUGUCUGUCCUAGAUACAUACAUGGUACUGCUCAGGAUAAGAAAUAUUCAGCUGCAACAGAUGUAGAACGCCGCAUCAAGAUAUUCUGCUUUGGAGGGGUUCAAGAGGUUUCUUUCUUCCAUGAGUAUAGAGAAGGAGUUGAUUGGGUGUUUGUGGACCAUCCUUCAUACCAUAGACCUGGAAACCCAUAUGGAGAUAUUCAUGGUGCUUUUGGAGAUAAUCAGUUUCGGUUCACUCUACUUUGCCAUGCGGCAUGUGAAGCUCCAUUAGUGCUUCCACUGGGAGGGUUUACCUAUGGAGAGAAAUGUCUAUUUCUUGUUAAUGACUGGCAUGCUAGCCUUGUGCCUGUGCUUUUGGCAGCCAAGUAUCGUCCUUACGGAGUUUAUAAGGAUGCUCGAAGUAUUCUUGCAAUACAUAACCUUGCUCAUCAGGGAGUAGAGCCUGCAGUCUCAUACCAGAAUCUUGGGCUGCCUCCACAAUGGUACGGGGCUUUGGAAUGGAUAUUUCCCACUUGGGCAAGGACUCAUGCUCUCGACACUGGUGAAGCUGUCAAUGUUCUAAAAGGUGCAAUUGUGACUGCAGACCGUAUAAUGACAGUUAGCCAGGGAUAUUCUUGGGAGAUAACAACUGCUGAAGGCGGGUAUGGUCUGCAUGAGCUUUUGACCAGUCGUAAGAGCGUAUUGAACGGGAUAACAAAUGGCAUUGAUGUUACUGAAUGGGACCCUUCUGUAGAUAAACAUAUUCCUUCUCAUUAUUCUGUUGAGGAUCUCUCUGGAAAGCUUCAAUGUAAGAUCGCUCUGCAAAAGGAAUUAGGUCUUCCUAUCAGACCAGAUUGUCCAAUGAUUGGAUUUAUUGGGAGAUUGGACUACCAGAAGGGAAUUGACAUAAUUAGAUCAGCCAUUCCUGACCUUAUGGAAGACGAUGUUCAAUUCGUUAUGCUUGGGUCGGGUGACCCACAGUAUGAAGACUGGAUGAGAGCAGCAGAAUCGACUUACAAGGACAAGUUUCGGGGCUGGGUUGGAUUUAAUGUUCCCAUUUCUCACAUGAUAACGGCAGGCUGUGACAUACUGUUGAUGCCAUCAAGAUUUGAGCCUUGUGGACUAAAUCAAUUGUAUGCGAUGAGAUAUGGAACCAUACCUGUAGUUCAUGGCACAGGAGGACUUAGAGAUACAGUAGAUAAUUUCAAUCCAUAUGCUCAAGGAGGUACUGGUGAAGGUACUGGGUGGACUUUCUCACCACUCACAAAAGAAAGUAUGCUUGCGACGCUAAGGGUUGCUAUCGCAACCUACAGAAAGCACAAAAAGUCUUGGGAGGGAUUGAUGAGGAGGGGAAUGGAGAGAGACUGCACAUGGGAAAACGCUGCCGUUCAAUAUGAGCAGAUUUUUGAAUGGGCCUUCAUUGAUCCACCUUAUGUCAGCUGAAAGUGGAGGGAACAGAAAAGAGAGAAGAUAAACAAGACCGAAACUUCCAUGCUCGCAGCAGGCAGAAGCAGUACUUGCGGGAUUUUUUUUGUUUUCUUGUAUACUGUAUACAUCCUCCUUCUGGGCUUGAGUUUCUACAGUUGUUUUUCUAGUUCAUUUUGUGACUCAGAUAAACUGUUUUCGCACAGAUCCCAUCCUUAUUUUAUCUAUUUAAUUUGAAUCAACCUACUCUAGAAAACAUUCUUGUAACAUUUUUCAAGUAAUACAGAUGGAAAGCUUUGAAUUUUAGGUUUA